AUGGGGUAUCGCGGCGGCCCUGGAGGAGGAGGACGCGGAGAAUGCGAGAGGGUCUGCGCUGGAAUGGGAAUCGGAGGUGGGAUUCAGAGCAAAGUGAGAUGCUCGGAACAGUGGAUGGAGGUUGACAUCGUAAGGAGUAGUCCGCAAGCGAGGAUAUAUCUGCAACAGAUGAAGGACUUUCCAGACGAAGCUUGCAAACCUCGGCUUAGCAACGGCGUCGCCACGUUCCGAUUACCGCUCUUAGAGCAGGACAUGUUGCGAUGCGGUAUCACUAGAGUCGUUAACAAAGUCACGGGUCAGAAGGUGUACUUUCAUCGGAUAAUAGUGGAGGAGCCGGCGGAUUCCAGCAAGCACACGUUCACCGUAAAGUGUGUUAUCACCGAAGUCGUUGUGAAACCUGGAAUCUCGAUCGCAACCAAUCACACCGCGGUUCGACGCAGCGUUCUUCCAGCAGGUUUCCAGGAACCCGACGUGAUCGACAUCAGGGGAGAGAUUUCCGAGUCGGCACCGGUACCGAUAUUGGGAGUCGGCGUCCGGCAAGGUGGCAAUCUCGUUACCGGGGAACUGAACGUUAGCCCAGGUACGCCUUUGCAGAUGGAGAUCUUCCUGGACAAUGGCUCUGCUCCCGUUUAUGGACUCUUGGUUACUUAUAUGUUGGUCACUGAUACCAAGACACAGGAGGAGACUAUUAUUAUCAACGGCUGUUCCGUGGACCCAUAUCUGUUCGAAAAUUUCAACACGGUGGAUGGAGACUUUCUAACAGCGAAAUUCCGAGCUUUCAAGUUUCCAGAGAGCACCUACGUCCAAUUUCGUGGUACUGUUAACGUUUGUUUGGACAAAUGCCAAGGGAUCGAGUGCAGCAAUGGUCAAAUUGGAUUCGGCAGGAAGAGAAGAGCCAUCGACGUCUCAAAUACUGACAAUAACAAGCUGUUUGAAGUGACUAUGUCUGCUCUCAUUAAAGUGGAUUUCGAGGAAGACGCAGUGGUCGAUAAAGCCUUAUCCGAGUUAUACAUUAGAAGAGGAAAGAACAGGACAAAAGCCAGAGCUGUGAUCGCGGAAGAAGUGAGAGAGCAACCAGCUCCGACCACGAUUAGGACGGAAGAAAGAGCUUUCAUAGCGCAAGAGGUUAAAGAACAGUUCAAAUACAAGGUUACCGAGACGGAGAUAAACGGCUCGUCGUGUAGAACCGCGGUUGUAACUUUCGUUCUCGUUCUGUUCUGUCUCUGCAAAUUUUUGUAA